AAAUGUUUGGCCCGUCGAAUUCAGUCAAAGGGGAAUUUAUAACUACUACUCUUUGAAUAUUAAAUAACGUGUUUAUGACUCUUUUUUUGCCACCUUUUUAAUAUAUAUACAUACAUAUAGCUAUAUGAUGAUGUAGGUUAGGCGUUGGUGGUGCACGGGUGCUACUUUUUCCGAGGUUGGUUUUGGUGGGGUAAAGCGAAAAAGUAUAUAAAGGAUUUCACAUCCUGUCAAGCCGAAGAAUUGGAAAUUUCCAUUAUCAAAAUGUCACAGUUAGGGAUUGGGAAAGUUAGAAGUCCAAUAAAUGAAGAGAACUUGAAGAAGUUUCUUGAGAAAUUUCAAGAGAAUGUUGAAUUGAAUCAGACUACAAAGGGACAUAAUCCACUUCCUAAGAUCAAUCCAAGUACUCUUGAGGUUCAACAAUUUAAAUUUGGUCAGUCAAAUCCAACUUAUUUCAUUCGUGAUACAAGCAGUGAUACAAAGUUUGUGUUGAGACGUAAACCCUCACCAAAUAAUAAGUUGGUGUCAAAAUCAGCACAUGCAAUUGAACGGGAAUUCUUUAUCUUGAAUGGUAUUAGUAUAUGUAAUGAGACGACUGAUAAAAAAGUCCCGGUCCCCAAAGUUUAUUUGCUUUGUGAAGAUGAAGGUGUUAUUGACUACGUGUUUUAUUUGAUGGAAUAUAUUGAUGGUAGACAGAUUGUUAAUCCCGGAUUACCAGGAAUUCCAAGUGAAGAAAAAUCUAAAUAUUGGGAUUCAAUAAUGGAGACUAUUACUGCUAUUCAUUCUUUGAACACCAAGAUUUUGAUUGAGAAUUUACCAGCAUCACAUUUUCCUCAAUUUCAACCUGAAAAAUUAUCGAAACCAUCGAAAUCCACUUAUUUUCAACGUCAAGUUCGAACUUUAACCUCGGUUGCUUCAUUACAGUCUAAAGUUGUUAAACCAAUACCUCAUUUUGCACAAAUAUGUGAAUGGUUAUUGAAAAACUCUCCUGAAGAUCCAACAAAACCAACUUUAAUCCAUGGUGAUUGUAAAAUUGACAAUGUUAUUUUUGAUCAUAAUUCUCCUAAAAUUAUUUCGGUACUUGAUUGGGAACUCUGUACUUUUGGACAUCCUUUAUUUGAUUUAGCAAAUUUCUUGCAACCAUAUCAAUUACCAAACAAGUUAAACCUACUCUUAUAUAAACCCGAUAAAACUAAUUUAGGUAGAGAAAUUCCUGAUUCAAUUAAUCAAUUAUAUGAAAAACUAGAUUUAUAUCAACAAAAAUUACAACAUAAUUGGCAGGAACUGAACCCAAAAAACAACCCCCAGGAUACUUGGAAUGUUGGGUUUGUAUUUGGUUUACUAAGAUUAUGUGUUAUAUCCCAAGGUAUUGCAAUGAGAGUUUCUAAAGGUAAUGCUAGUUCUGAUAAUGCUAGUGGGUAUGCUAGCUUAUAUCCAUACUUGGCUUCGUUGGCCAUUGAGACAAUUGAAGAAGAUUCAAAAACCAAAUCCUCCCAUUUGUGAUGCAAAUUUAUUUUCUUUGUGAAGCGGACAAAUUACUGGAUUUCCGAUGAUUGUCAACUAAUAAGUUAAUUACAUUUCCUCUUAAAUAUUUCUAUUUAUAUAAACUCAAUACUUUUAUAUGAUUUACUCGGCAUAUUUCUUAGCCUUUAUUUUCGACAAUUCGAC